AUGUCGCGUUAUAUUAUCACAGAACUCGAUUCAAUUCAACAACGAGCAAGUAAGUUUAAAUUCACAUGCUGCGCAAUAUAUGAUGAUUUAAUUGCGUUUGGAACAUCAACAGGAAGUAUUCACCUCUUCAGUAUUUCAAAUCAAAGAUUUUCGAGUAUUAUAUCAGAAUCACAAAUAUCAACAUCGUUAAAAUCUCUCGAAUUUUCUCCAAGCGGAAACUAUUUACUCGUUUGUGAAGAAAAUAAAAUUUCAAUCAUCGAAAAUCCAGAAAACAAACCAAGUAUUCUUAUCAAAUAUGACAUCGGUACUAACAUAUUCGAAGAUUCAUGUUGGAUCACAGAUCCUCCAAAUGUUCUUGAUCGAAAUUCUUGUUUCCUUUAUAUUGGCGAUCGACAAGGUAAUAUAUAUGCAAUCACACGCACAUCAUGUUUAUCAGUUGCAACCGUUAAUUCACCAAUUUUCCAGAUCUCACUCGUUGAAAAAACAUUACUUAUAAACUCUAUCAAUGGUGUUUAUUUCAUGUCACAAAACUUCGAAGUCACAGCAAUCCGAUCUAAGCGUCCUAAUGGUAAGUUCGGUGGUCUGUAUGUUGAAGAUAAUUUCAACGCUAUUUGUUUUUCACGUCCAGAUGGUAAACUAUUACUUGCGACACAACAAGGAAAAGUAAGAGCACAACUUCCGAUAUUCGAAAACGGAAAACCUUCAGAUAUCCCAGAUAAAAUAGACAUCAAUUUAUCAUAUUUGACAUUUUGUUAUCCAUUUUUGAUCUCUUCAGGUCAAAACUCUGCAACAAUAAUCAUCGAUCUGAAUCAAGGAAAACUACUUAAAUAUUUCGCACGUGAAUCUGCAUUUCUUGAUAUUUCAUCACAAGGAUGCAAAACUGUUAUUAUGUGGCAAGACAAUGUCAUACUUUUCACAUCAUAUCGAAAUGAUGAAGAAUAUAUCAAAGACUUAAUCAAAAUGAACAAUUAUCUCGAAGUCCAACGUGUUUGUAUCGAAUCCAAGAUCGAUGAUGUCGAAUUAUUAGAGAGUUACAUCGAUCAAAAUUUACCAAUUGAAAAUCAAAAAUCAUUUAUUGAUUAUAUCUCUCGUGUUAAACAACUCCACGAACCAGGUCCACUCAAAGAAACGCAUCCAGAUUUAUAUUAUAAACUUAUGGAAAGUGAUAUUCCAACAACAGAAACAGUCGACGAACUGAAACAAGUUUUGAAAAGUAUCAAAGUCGACGAUGAACUUCAAACGAAGAUUGAGCAAUACAUCUUGAAACAUCCAUCAGAGUGGGAAGAAUGGAAAUCUAUCAUCAAUGUCGAUCAUUUGAUUCCUAUUCUUAAUGAACGGAGUGAAACAGCAAAAUAUGCUAUGGAAAUGUCACCAUAUGGUGUUAGUCAAUACGCAUCUCUUCUUUCUCGUGUCGAUGGUCUUCCUGUCAACGUUCUAGUUGCAAACUCUCCUCCGAUCCACGAAUACAAUGUCAAUCUUAUGGUUCGCGAUGAAUACAUUUCUCGAAUGUCUCUUGUUGACCAGUUCUCUCAAUAUGCUAACAAUGAUAAAAUGACACGCUCUUCUUCAUUUGAAAAAUUUUUUCAAGAUAUUAAGUUUACCGAUAGUCUAACGAAUGAUUUGAUUGAUGAUAUUGGCGAAACAGAAGAUCCAACAGAGAUAUUGCGAAUCAUGUCACUGAACGACUGGGAAGAAGAAGUUGUCAAUGCGGUUGAUGAACUUCACCAACUGACAGAAAAGUACUUCCUUACGAAAGGGUCUAAAGCACUUCCUGCAUGGGCAACCGAUGCAAAAAAGCAGCAUUUGAAUGAAGGAUGUGGUAACUGGGGAGUCACAUCAGAACUUCACGAAUGCCAGAUUUGCGGGAUGCCAUUGAAACUCGAAUCUUCAGUUGUCUCGGCUUUUCCAUGUGGUCACAUUUUCCAUGCUAAAUGUCUUCAUACUCGAUACUGUCCUCUAUGCUAUUCUGUUAUUUUGAAAUAA